GCCAGAAACUUCAAUUUUGUUGCGUGGUGCAGCAGGUAGCAGUGACCCUCUGAGGCGUUUGGUGCUCCGGUAGCCACCAAGGCUGGAGAGCGAGAGUUGCCAUGGACCCGAUCAGCGUGAGUAUAUACACUUCCGAUAACUACUCCGAAGAAGUGGGGUCUGGAGACUAUGACUCCAACAAGGAACCCUGCUUCCGGGAUGAGAACGUCCAUUUCAAUAGAAUCUUCCUGCCCACCAUCUACUUCAUCAUCUUCUUGACUGGCAUAGUGGGCAAUGGAUUGGUGAUCCUGGUCAUGGGUUACCAGAAGAAGCUAAGGAGCAUGACGGACAAGUACCGGCUGCACCUGUCAGUGGCUGACCUCCUCUUUGUCAUCACGCUCCCCUUCUGGGCAGUUGAUGCCAUGGCUGACUGGUACUUUGGGAAAUUUUUAUGUAAGGCUGUCCAUAUCAUUUACACUGUCAACCUCUACAGCAGCGUCCUCAUCCUGGCCUUCAUCAGCCUGGACCGGUACCUCGCCAUCGUCCACGCCACCAACAGUCAGAGGCCGAGGAAGCUGCUGGCUGAAAAGGCAGUCUAUGUGGGUGUCUGGAUCCCAGCCCUCCUCCUGACAAUACCUGACUUCAUCUUUGCCGACGUCAGCCAGGGGGACAUCAGUCAGGGGGACGACAGGUACAUCUGUGAUCGCCUUUACCCCGACAGCCUGUGGAUGGUGGUGUUCCAGUUCCAGCACAUCAUGGUGGGUCUCAUCCUGCCAGGCAUCGUCAUCCUCUCCUGUUACUGCAUCAUCAUCUCUAAGCUGUCACACUCCAAGGGCCACCAGAAGCGCAAGGCCCUCAAGACAACAGUCAUCCUCAUCCUGGCUUUUUUUGCCUGCUGGCUACCAUAUUACGUGGGAAUCAGCAUUGACUCCUUCAUCCUUUUGGGGGUUAUCAAGCAAGGAUGUGACUUCGAGAGCAUCGUGCACAAGUGGAUCUCCAUCACGGAGGCCCUCGCUUUCUUCCACUGUUGCCUGAACCCGAUCCUCUAUGCCUUCCUCGGGGCCAAGUUCAAAAGCUCUGCGCAGCAUGCACUCAACUCCAUGAGCAGAGGCUCCAGCCUCAAGAUCCUUUCCAAAGGAAAGCGGGGUGGGCACUCUUCUGUCUCCACAGAGUCAGAAUCCUCCAGCUUUCACUCCAGCUAACACCUAUGCAAAGACAUAUAUAAAAUAUAUAUAUAUAUAUAUGAUAAAGAACUUUCUUAUGUUACACAUUUUCCAGAUAUAAAAGACUGACCAGUCUUGUACAGUUUGUUUGUUUGUUUUUUUUUAUUGACUGUUGGGAGUUUAUGUUCCUCUAGUUUUUGUGAGGUUUGACUUAAUUUAUAUAAAUACUGUUUUUUUGUUUGUUUGUUUCAUGUGAAUGAGCGUCUAGGCAGGACCUGUGGCCAAGUUCUUAGUAGCUGUGUGUCUGUGUGUAGGACUGUAAAACUGUGGAGGAAGAAACUGAACAUUCCAGAAUGUGUGGUAAAUGGCGUAAAGCUAGCCGUGAUCCUCAGCUGUUGCUGCAUAAUCUCUUCGUUCCGAGGAGCACCCCACCCCACCCCCACCCCAUUCUUAAAUUGUUUGGUUAUGCUGUGUGAUUUUUUUUUUUUUCCUGUAAAAGAUGGCACUUAAAACCAAAACCUGAAAUGCUGGUAGAAAUGCUGGUUUUGUUUGUUUGUUUUUUCCGGUUUUCAAGAGUGGAUUGAUUUCAGUACCUACAAAUGUACAGUCUUGUAUUACAUUGUUAAUAAAAGUCAAUGAUAAACUUAA